ACAUAAACAAAUAAAACUUAGACUAAAUUACACGUGUCAUCACUCUACUUCAUCUCCAUUUGACACGUAAGCUCGUCCUUCCCAUUCAGCAGGCAUUCAUUCAUCUCUUCUUUCUCUCUCUCCAACGCCCUCUCUGACACACACCCGUGAUGCUGUUCCAGUAUUCAAUCCCCACUUUUGUCUCCUUCCUUUUUCCACCACCAUCAUUAUUCCCAAACUUUACCACCUCUUUCAAUUUCUUCCUUCAAUUUUCCGAAUCCAAACACUAAAUCUUCGAUUAAUUUAACAGUAUACAGACAGAAAUUAAAUGGGUGAUAAUCAUCCUGUUAAUUUCAUCUUCCUUCUUCUUCUUCUUCUUCUAAUCAUCAUCUCAACCUUCUUCAACAAUGGAGCUUCUACAACUUUCUGGGGAGACACUCUUGUUUUGAAGCAACUCAAACUCGGAAUCGCCCCUGACUCACUGAGUCACGGCUCAUGCGUCAGCUCCUGGGAUUUCUCCUACGACCCUUGUGAUACUCUCUUCUCUGAUAAGUUCACUUGUGGCUUCACAUGCGAAGAAGACGACGUCGUUUCACCUGGAAAUAUCUCCCGAGUUACUGAACUCGCUCUUGACCAGGUUGGCUACUCAGGUUCUCUCUCCUCCAUUUCAUGGAACCUCCCUCUUCUUCGCUCGCUUGACCUCACCGGAAACAACUUCUCCGGCACGAUUCCGGCUUCAUUCUCCAACCUCACUCGCCUAACCCGACUCACCCUCUCUCGUAACUCGCUCUCUGGUUUAAUCCCUGACUCGCUGGGUCAACUCGCUUCUUUAGAGGUGCUUGCUCUGGAUAAUAACGCCCUCGUGGGUCCCAUCCCGGGGAGUUUUUCUGGGUUGGUUAAAUUAAAUAGGUUGGAAAUCCAGGGGAAUAAACUCAGUGGCGAGUUCCCUGAUCUGAGUCGACUCAGUUCAUUGAGCUUCCUCGAUUGCAGCCAGAAUUCCAUCUCCGGUGAAGUUCCGGCGAAUUUACCGGCUUCCUUGGUCGAGAUAUCAAUGAGGAGUAACAAUCUAGUCGGAAGUUUACAAGAGGGUAUUUUAGGUAAUCUACCCUUUUUACAAGUCUUAGACCUGAGUUAUAAUCAACUCGGUGGGUCAGUCCCGGCGAGUUUCUUUACUCACCCGAGUCUCCAACAGAUUUCUCUAUCCAACAACAAUCUCACUUCAAUCGAGGUGCCGAGUGGACUCGGAACUGAGUCAAUGUUAAUAGCGGUUGACCUGAGUAAUAACGGGCUUCACGGGCUUUUGCCGGGCUUCAUGGGCCUGAUGCCGAAGCUAUCAGCUUUGGCGUUAGAGAACAACACGUUGGUGGGUAUGAUACCGACCCUAUAUGCAUUCAAAGCGGUUUGGCCCGAACCCGGAAUCGCCCCGUUUGAGAGGUUGUUAUUGGGCGGGAAUUUCUUGUUCGGGCCGAUACCAGACCCGUUAAUGAAGCUGGAUCCCGAUUCGACCCGUAUUAGUUUGGUGGAUAAUUGUUUGUUGGUGUGCCCAAAUACCUUAUUCUUUUGUCAAGGGAGAGAUCAGAAGUCUCUAGAAGAGUGUAGAAGCUACAUUGGCCUUGUUGCCACUCCUUAAAAAUUAGGGAAUAGGGAUAGCUAGUUUAAAUUUUUAAUUUUUUUUGGAUGUUGUAUCUUAAAACAUAUUUAUGUGAGAAUUUCAUCCCAAAACUUAUUCGAAAAUA